GAAGUUCACUAGAGAGCAAGGCAUUUAGUCCAAAAAGAGUACUGUGAGUGAAUAUGCAAAAUUCAACACACACCACCAAGGGCACCAGAGCAAUAGAGGAAGCCAAAAUGAGCCAGAAAAGCAAAAGGAGUUUAAAGGAGAAAUUUGCCUUGAAGAACAGCCUGAUUAAAGAAGCCCUUUCAGAGUUCCUGGGAACUUUUAUACUGAUAGCUCUCGGCUGUGGGUGCGUGGGACAGGCUGUCCUCAGCCGGGGAAUGCAUGGAGGGCCCAUGACAGUGUCAGUGGGAUUUGCCAUGGCAGUCACCAUAGCAGUGUACGUGUCCGGGGGGGUUUCUGGUGGUCACAUAAACCCAGCUGUUUCAUUAGCCAUGUGCGUGACUGGAAGAUUAAAAUGGACCAAAUUACCAAUUUACAUAUUAGCACAACUCCUGGGAGCAUUCGUUGGAGCAGCGGCUGUCUUUGGGAUUUAUUACAAUGCCUUUAUGGAGUAUAGUGAUGGAAAACUUGAAGUCACAGGACCUAAUGCAACAGCGCAAAUCUUUGCCACAUAUCCAGCUCCCUAUCUGUCCCUCAUAAAUGGAUUUGCAGAUCAGGUGAUGUCAACAGCUGUUCUUCUUCUGGCUAUAUUUGCUAUUUUUGACACCAAAAAUAACAGCGUACCCAAGGGCCUGGAGCCAAUUGCAGUAGGACUUCUUAUAAUUGUUCUUACUUGCUCCUUGGGAAUGAACAGUGGCUGUGCCAUGAACCCAGCCAGGGACCUUGGCCCAAGGCUCUUCACAGCUGUGGCAGGAUGGGGGAUGGAAGUAUUCACAGCUGGUAAUAAUUGGUGGUGGGUUCCUAUAGUUGCACCUCUGCUGGGAGGUGUACUUGGAGCCAUGAUCUAUGUCAUUUUUAUUGAAAUUCAUCACUCGGAUCCUCAAUCAGGAGAAGAAAAUGAAGCACAUGCAAAAUAUGAAUUGACCAAUAUGGCGUAAGAAGUGAAGAACUUUCUCUUCAUUUUGUUGUGCAGUUUUUAUGCAAAUGGUUGUUUGGACCACUGUAUGAAACCCAUAUGCCUCAAUUACAAAUUCACCUUUCAAAGCAGAAAUUCUGUAUAGAAGUUCAAAAUUGAAGUCUUUCCAGGAAACAUUGGGCUGAUCACAUUCAAAAUUGUUAUCUUGAGUAUGAGAAGGCUAAAUUGUUAUUUUCAUAUAGCUUUUGGAUCGAGUUAUCUCCUAGAUGCAAUUGUAGUGAGAUGAUGCACUGACCUGUUAAUUCAAGUCAUAUGAUAUUAAUCAUGUUGCCUAAUUAACUGAAAACAGUUGAGAUAUUGAUACAAAAGUGCAUGCAUAGCUAGUUAAUGGGUUCGGUGCUGAAUUAACAUGCAAGAACAUUACUCCCUUGUCAAGAAUGUCUUGUCUAAACAUUUAAAACAAUACCCAAAUUGGCUAAAUGCCAAUUGAAACAGUUUAAAAUCAUUCACUAAAUUUUAUGGAGCCACUAUUGAACAGCAAGAAAACAACUCCUCAGUGAUUAGGUUUAGUAACUCAGAAUAUGAUCACAAAAGGUAAAAACUGUUUGUUGUAAGAUCAGCACCAGAUGACAACUUCUACACAGGGUCUUCAUAGCAUUAAUGUUUAGUUAUUUUUAGACUAUUUACUUGACCUUUAUGCUACCCAGUAUUAAAAGCCUUAUGUGGAAUACUAAUCUGAAGCUCUUCCGCUGUGCUUUCUGGAUACAAUUCAUUCCUGUGGAGAUGGCCCAGCAAGAGGCUUAUGCUGUGCAGAGGCCAGCACAAAGCCUAUGUCUGUGUAAGCUUUAAGGUGUCCUGCUGCUUCUGAUUUGCAUAGGUGGAUUUCAUCUGCAUUGUGGGAGCAAUUUUUAGUUCGGUAGAAGGAAUUAAAAUUAGAAACUGGUCUCAGACCUAGUCCUAGAUCUGAAUUCCCCAAGGAAGGCCAGAUCAGAGUUCUGAUGUGUGGGUUCUCUCUCGCUAAAGAGAAGAGGUUGGACAUAUACCACUUCCUAAAUAUCCAGCCUUGAAAAUAAAAUUAUUUCUGCUUAGUCAUUGUGAAUUGAAUGUAUUCAGUUAAAUCAAAGUUUAUUUCUCUUAUGUAUACAUCUAUCCAUGGUUGGUGGUGGUGAUCAUGAAUAAACAGACAUCCAAUUCAGCAAUGCUCCUGAGCUACUUUCAUGGAUGGCUAAACUUCAGAGUACCAGUUCUUCCCUUUGGAUUCCUAUAACUCUGCUCUCUCAAAUUCCACACUACAUUCCUGAUUUAACUCCUGAAGUGAGGAAUGCUUUCUGUUGCCACUAAUAACCUGUGCGCUUCCAGGUGAUAUCUGCAAAAGAGGUUUACAAAAUACCAUGGUCAGAACCGGCCGCAGCAUUUGGGCAGAUCAGGCCUUUGUCACUGCUUGUUUUGAUCACGCUCCCUGGGAUGCCGUGCCAAAUUCAUGCAGCAAAGGGACAGAAAUAGCAGGUCAAGAAAAGCUUUGCUUGCUGCAGCUCAAAUUCAGAUAUUGCAGUAUACUUGAGGGAGUAUAAUUCCAACUUUAAUUAUGUUUUGAAGAAAACUUACAUAACUGUAAUGAACUCAGGCUGCCCAGAGACAUAUCAGCCCUGUGCAAAAUGCUCAUUUGAUUCACUGUGUCUCUGCCGUGGGUUAAAUUCUGCUAUAUUCAUGCACAUUUGACUGCAUCCUUAUAUCACUGGCUGGAGAGUCUCAGGAACAAGAAGGGAGAGCUUAUAAAAACAGUUCUCAAUCUGAGCAGAGAAGAAUCAAGAGUAAAAUGUGAAUUAGUCCUAAUUUUAGAUCUUUUGUUGGCAGCAGAGACAAGCUAGAUCAUCUGUCCUGCAUAUUGAUAAGCUGCACUACAUAAACCAAGAUGAGAUGUAAAUGCAAUUGCAGACUGACCCUUCGUUUGCCCCCAACCCUUUCAGGGAGCGCUGUCUCUCACCCCUUGCCUGUUCCUUGGGCAGGAGCGCUCCCAGGUGGCUGCCAACCUUCUAUGUCUGGAGAGCGAUUACAGACGUAGAAACAGUCUGAGGGCUGCCCUCAGGUCUGAAAGGCACUUACUCUUCCACUGAUUCCAACGUGUAAUAUGAAAUAUCCGUGCAAAAAAUAAACAGCUAAUUAACCGGAUGUAACCAAUCUUAUCCAAAAUGGUAGGGGCAAAUUAUCACUUGUGUUAGAAUUUUGCAUAGUCAGUAGACUCCAUAUGCAUCACAAUGUUGUUUCCUUUAAUCCACCAUGGAAAACACAUGGAAAAGGAGAUUACAGGUCAGGAAUGAAAAAAGGACAGUUUAUUUAUACAAGCUACUCAGGGACCAACCCACACUCGCUGUGUGCCUGUGCAUUGGCCAAGGUACAUAAAGUUGUUCAUUUUCUCAAAACCCUUUUGAUCACAACAUGUUCUGCCUGUACAUCAACAUGAAAUCUUGUUUCUCCUACUUAUGCCAUUCCUAUGCACAGAAUUUCUGUAUGAGUGACAUUGACUUGUCUGAAGUUAUUAACACGCACAUCUUAAGCAGCGACACACUAGUGUGAUAGCAAAAUAGUAUCUUAAAUAUGCUCUCAACUUGUUGUCAAUUCUGCGUUUGCCUUAAGAAUUUAUUUUUAAACUUUAAUUCAUCAUUCAAUGUUUUUGUAAAUUCUCUGGAGACACAGUCACAAAAGCCUGGAGUCACAAAAACCAGAAUUUCAUUCAGUAACAAGAUGUUAUAGGCCUAUCUCGGAUCUGAAAAUUUAAAUUUCAAGGAAUGAAUUCCUGCUUUUGGGACAAACCUCAGCUGAAUCUUUACUACAAAACCAUGACCAGCAUCUCCAUAAUGUAAUGGGAACAAUAACAAUCACCUCAUUCCAUAAACUUAUACAGACAUUAUCUGUUUUAUAGAAAACAAAAAAGUAUUUUGACUUUGCAUGAACUAUGCAAUUUUCUAAUACCAACUGAUAUUCAGUGGUCACACUUAUGUUAAACUAAUAUAAUAGAGUUGGAAACAAGUUUUUCUUGCUGAAAGAUGUUUUGGUUAAUGAGUUAAUAGUAAUCAGCCUUGAUGAUUUUAAUGCUGAAAGGAAUUAAUUUCAGGGCAUUGCUCAACUUUCAUUUGGGGUUUGUUCUUUUUGGGAGCAAUGUGUUUGUUCUUCAGAGCUAAACUUAGUACUGGAGUAAUUUGGAAAGCUGCAAAUAGCACUGAGUUAAAGGUUGGCUACUGCAUGUUGUUUCAUUGAAGUCAGUGAAAUUAUUCACAAUGGGUGGCAAUACAGGCAAGGAUAAGUGAUCAGAGAAUGGCGGACAUUUUACUUUCUUGGAGUUUUGUUUGUGGAUCUGGAUGUUCAAAUAUUUUGGUUCAAAAUAAAAACAGUCAAUUCCUAAUAAAUGCA